AUGCUCUACUUAACAACGGCUUGUCCCAUCGGGAAAUCGCUCGUCAGACGGGUCGCUCAAGACGAACUAUUGACCGUUAUGCAAGGAAUCCGCAAGAAUACGGCACAGCAAUACAUUCUGGACGGCACAGGCUGCUAUCGGUUCAAAGCUGAACGAGACGUCUGUCGAAAAAGCAUCAAACUCUACGAAGUCCGCCAACCAAAUCAGAUCCGAAAUUCCUGAAAAACGUCUCGAAGAACACCAUCUUACGAACAAUUCAUCGGUCCGGUCGACUUGUGAAUACUCCAAUGAAGGCAGCACCUCGUCUACAGCAACGCCAUAAGAAUCAACGGCUCCAGUUUGCACGCUCUAACAUGGCCACGGAUUGGAAUAAGGUAUCAAUGUUUUCUAUCACCUUAUGAUUCCCAAUUUUUCUGUUCAGAUCAUCUUCAGCGACGAGAAGAAAUUCAACCUUGAUGGGCCAGAUGGGUACGCUCACUACUGGAGAGAUUUGAGGAAAGAUCCGAUGUACAUCUCCAAGAGAAACUUCGGCGGCGGCAGCCUCAUGGUCUGGGCGGCUUUCUGCGGCAACGGGACGGUAGCUCUUUCUUUUAUUGAGACCAGAACGAAUUCGCAAGACUACCAGCAACUGCUUGCCCAGCAUCUCCUGCCCUAUCUCCGUCGCCGACGACGUGCUAAUAUGAUCUACCAACAAGACAAUGCAUCUGUUCACGCGAGCAACUCCACAUUGGCUUGGUUUGCGGCCAAUAACGUGGUUCUUCUGGACUGGCCCGCGUGCAGUCCUGACCUCAAACCCUGUAGAGAAUUUAUAAUCAGUCCUUGUACGAAGGGUCUACGCGAAUGCCAAGCAGUAUACAACGGUCAACGAUCUGAAAAAGAGCGAUUCGUGCCGAGUGGGAUGGUUUGGACAAGUCACUGCUGCAAUCACUCGUUGGCAGCAUGCCGAAUAGGAUUUUUCGAAGUCGCUCAGAAACAAGGAGGCAUCACACAUUAUUAAUUAAUCUUUUUGUUAUACUUUGUUGACUUUGUGAAAUGAAUUUUGUUGAUUACUUAUAGUGGGUCUAUAAUUCUGGGUCGGUCAAAAAUCAGAUUUUCUCGUAUCUUGAAAAAAUUUUCAACUGGGUGAUUGAUAAUUAUGAUAUGAUUAUGUUCCUUAUCAACAAGGUUUAUCACAAAAAAAGUUUGGUGGCUCAAAGUUUUUCAAUCUUUCUUAAAAUCGGAGAAAUUAGGGUGGGUCUAUAAUUAUGGGUCGCAGUGUAUUGCAAGAACUUCUUUUUCCGCGAAGUUUCAUCAAAAAUCCACUCGUGGGGUAAUAAACGUUCUUCAACUUCAGGGAUGGAAGGUUGACAAGAUAAAAAUGAAUUUUCAUUUUCCGAGAGGUGGUACUGAUUUUGAUUCAGUAUAGUCUGUUCAGAUUUUGAAUGUCAAGUGCAAUGACGUCAUUCAAAAUCACUCUGUGGAUGGCUCGCUCUCUGAUUGGUUUAUCGCGCCAUUAGGGGGCGGAGCUUGAGAGACGACUUGACAUUCAAAAUCUGAAUAGACUAUAAGUCUUGGGAGAAGAAAAAUCUGCGCAUUAUGGUUUUCUGUGAUUUUCUGAAAAUUCUACUAUUAAGAAAUAAACCAUUACGAAAUUGGGAGGAGGGGUCGGCGCCAUUUAAAAACGGUCUGCCCAUGUAUGAUUUAAGGUACGACGUAUCGAAUCAUUAUUUCUUCGUGGACACGAUUGCUCAAAUCACCGACAGCCUUUUCCUAUGGAGUCGCCGCGACAGUUUCGACCUCGCUGCCCUUCUCAUCGACCAAAUUUGUACCUUUUUGGAAAAUGUUCGUGGAAUAACUUCCCCCCUUCUCACCUCGGAUUCUCAGGUUCCGAAAAUUGAACGCCGGGAAUAUUUCCACGGUCGAGAUCUGGUCGUCAACGCCAUGAGACUCUUUUUCAUGGUUUUUAAGAUAAUCCUUCGAAUAAACAAUUUUUCGUUCAGCUCGAUAAUGUUGGCUUCGAUUUGGAAGACGCUGAUGUGAGGCGUAAUCUUGGUAUCAAUGUUUGAUUUUUCUCUCGCUUAUAUAAAAUUAAGAAAUUUUCGUUCAGUUGCACCGGUUUUUCAAAGCCUCCCGUCGAUUUCGCUUUCCACUGAUCCGCUCUGUUUGGCUCGACAACUUCUUGGAGUUCCAAAAAUCGAAUGAUAAAAAGAAUAAAAUUUGGCUUAUAGAAAACCCGAAUUACUUUUAUUAUUUGCUGAAGCUGGCGCCGACAUCAACGAGAAGGACGAGUACGGCAGGACGGCGUUGACCUCACUUUUGAGCCAGGCUUACCAGUUUCCCCCGACCGACACUCAGUGAGAAAAUAAUGCUAUUGCCGCAUACUCCUCUUACUAGGUCCCUAUAAAGCCGAAAAAGUGGCCCCUAUAGGGGUAAAAUGAAGGUCUGACCCCUUACCCCUAAAGCUCAAGUGGUCCUUAUAAGGAUCGUUCAAUUUUGUUCAAAAAAGGUUUUUUUUCGCAUAGACAUGCUUCUUCGCAUAGAGCUUUUAUCGACUAGCAUGUCCCCUUUAGGGACCCCUUUUGCAAGCUUUAGUUGCCCUCAUAGGGUUUUUAAAUUGGUCCUUAGAGAGAUCCUUCCAACGGCCCCUGGAGUUGCCCCUAUAGAGACCCCUCUGGAGUUCCUAAAACGGUUUUCUUUCGGUAUUGGACGACUGUUGGCCGACUUCUUUCUCUUGGAUCGCGGAUUUUCGUGCGCGAUUGGAAUGAAGACCGCGUUUUCGACACUCUGCAGAAGGAACAAGAAAAGUUGGACUUCGAUAAACGAAUCAUCGUUGGUAGGUUAUCAAACAAGAGGAAUCAUAGACAGUUUGAGACAUUGAUAAAACUUUGCCGAGACCUUCUUUAGAACACCCUGAUUGAAAAAAGAACGAAAAUUGUAGCGUUUUUUGAUUUCUAGUCAAGUUAUGACGCCUUGAAAGCUUCGAAACCAAAACCAUCGAGCUCUUCGGUUCGCUAUAACUUAACUGAAAAGUUUUUUUUUGUUUCUAGUACCAGGGUGCAAAAACAGCAAAAUUUAUCAAUAGUUCAAAAUUCAUCUUUUCGUAGUUCGUUUGUCGGUGUUGUUCAAAUUGAAAUUUGAAAAAAAAAAUUUUUCUCGGUUUUACUCGACUCGGAAUCCCCGCUUCUAAAGAUCUGUCAAGAAUUUUUUUUACCCUCGGUAUAAGAAUUUUUUAAGCAGAUUUUCAGAGUAUUUUCUUUUCUAUGUAGAUCUGAGAGGAAAGCCGGAAACUUCUGGAAAACAAAUAAUUCUAUAUAUGUUUUAUCUUCCAGGCAAUUUUAUCACGCUGAAAGAUAUGUGCGCCGGUGUCGUCGAAAAAGUAUUCCCGGCUGAAUUUCUCCGGAAGUGCCUUCCUCAAAAUUUGAUCGGUUUCCUUCUUGUGGAAAAUGACUUCGACGAAUGUUUUUAA